CAGUUGCGGAGAGAGCGUCGGACUGCAUCUCGGAGUGGGCAGAGAGCGGGUGUGUCCAGUUAUUUGGAAGGAUAAAGGGCGAUGACCACACCGGCAGGCUCGGGCUCAGGCUUCGGCUCCGUGUCCUGGUGGGGCCUGUCCCCGGCGGUGGACCUGCAGGCUGAGAGUCCUGUGGACCCAGACGAUCCAGAGCACGGGAUACCCGAGCUAAAUGUCCUGCUGGUGGGCUCCGUGGAUGGGCGGCAUCUGCUGCGGACUUUGGCCCGAGCUGCGCUCUGGCCUCGAAGGAGAUUCCACUUUUAUGUUCUGGAAAAUAAUCUAGAAGCUGUAGCCCGACACAUGCUGAUCUUCAGUAUAGCCUUGGAGGAUCCAGAGAAGAUGGGGCUGCAAGAGAGGAGCGAGACCUUCCUGGAGGUGUGGGGGAACGCGCUGCUGCGCCCCCCGGUGGCCGCCUUCGUGCGCGCCCAGGCCGACCGCCUGGCCCACCUGGUCCUGGAACCCGAUCGCCUGCAAGAGCAGCUACCCUGGCUCAGCCUGGGCGCGCUCAAGGUGCCUCCGCCCAGCCUCCGACUAUCACCGCCGGGGAUCCGGGUGGCAACGGGAAGAAUGGAGAUGGACGAUCCAAAUGGGUUUGGGCUGAUGGAGUAGGCUGAGGGCGCGGGAGUCCGAACCCCGGCUUCCUGGCUCCCACUGUGAGACAUGGACCAGGGGGCAGCUUCCGCUCUCUGCGCCUCAGUUUCUUCAUCUGAGAAAAGGGAGAAUCGUUCCCACGCUCUGGGAGGGAAGGGAGGGUCCAGCAGGAGAAGCCACUCUUCCUGCAGCCGCCUCUCCCUGGUUCUCCCUCCACGCGUGCCUGGCCGUGCAGUUCCGCGAGCGCGACGCCCUGGAGGCCGUGUUCCGUUUCUGGGCGGGCGGGGAGAAGGGGCCUGAGGCCUUCCCCAUGAGCCGCCUGUGGGACUCGAGGCUGCGCCACUACCUGGGCUCCCGGUACGACGCCCGGCGCGGUGUCAGCGACUGGGACCUGCACAUGAAGCUGCACGAUCGCGGGGCCCGAGUCAUCCACACUCGUGAGUUCCGGCGCUGGAGGGACACAGGCGUCGCCUUUGAACUCAGAGACUCCAGCGCCUAUCACGUGCCCAACCGGACCCUGGCGUCCGGUCGUCUCCUGAGCCAACACGGAGAGCUCGUAGCAGCGCGCGGGUACUGGGGGGACAUCGCCACGGGGCCCUUCGUGGCCUUUGGCAUUGAAACCGACGACGAGACACUCCUGCGGACCAGCAACGGGCAGCCGGUCAAGACCGCGGGCGAGAUCACGCUGCACAACGUGACGGAGCUGUUUCGAGAAGUGGUCGCUUGGGGGCGUCCGAGAACCACCCAGGGAGACUCGGAGCAGGUGCCGAGCGACGCGGGUGGAAGCCUGCCAGAGUCUGGUAAGCGAGGGACAGUCUUUUCUCUUGCGAUGGAAAGCAGGGCUCCGGUGAUCAUCGCCUGGGACAGAGUGGGACCCGAACCCCGUCCCGCGCUUCAGGCUCCAGGUGUUUUAAGUUCAAGCGUGGGCUGAUACGGUAUCAAAUGGCUGGACAAGUGAUCUCCCCUUCCUCACAUUUGGUCUCUUUUUUCUUUUCUAUGAGUUUCUCUCCCUUUCCUAAAUCCUGAAACAAUUCUUCGCAGUCUGAACUACAAGGGUAGAAUUCUAAUCCCACCUGCAGAAGACGAAGAGGCUGCGAACAUUUUAACACGUUUCUGGGUCCCGGCUCACCUUUGGACAGCUGCCACUAAAUCUGGUCGCGCCCCCUUCUACCCAUCCCCUCACUUGGCCCUCCCCGGAUGUCUGUGUGUCCUGCGUGGCCAUGGGCCACCCACCCUCUUUCUUUCUCUUGAAUCUCAGUUGCCUGGUCUGUAAAAUGGGUCUCUGCCAGCCAGACUAACCUUCUCCCAGAAUUUUCCUGGAAUCUGCCUAAGAGAAAGGAUGAGAAAGGGCUUGACGAAGGCAAGCAGAGUUAUCUCCAGGCUUUGUGUGUCUGCCUAAUCCUGCCAGUCUUCCCUUCCCAGCAGCCCCUGCCCCUGGAUCCUUCACUGUCCACUUCCUGUCCCUCGGCUCCACCCAGACCCUCCACCACAAGAGCUGCUACAAGGAACAGUUCCAGCUUCUCUACGUGGCCUGUGGGAUGGUCCAUUUUCUCUGCCCUGAGCUCGGGGCCUGCGUGGCCCCUGGAGGACACCUGAUCGUGGAAUUGGCACAGUACCUAGUGGACCUGCGGCAGGAGCAGCUGCAGGGGUUCUCCAGCCGGGUGGGGGAGCUAGCCCGGGCGGCUGGAUUCGCCCCACAGCCUGGAGCCAGGCCUUCGGAGACCUUCGCGCGCUUCUUCAAGCCCGGAGACUCUGCUCCCAGCCAGGAGGACCCAGCUGUGGAAUCUGGGAUCCCACCCCCGGAAGUUCUGGCCCCGCCCCUUGAGGCCCCCAACCCGCCCUCUGAGGACCUGACCCAACCCCUUGAAGGUCGGACCCCGCCCCCUGAGCCCUUCUAGCUGCCUUCAGCGUCUCAGGUUUCACUCCAGGAGGUUUUGGCUCUGCCCGCAGGGAGUCAGACCUCCCAAACCCGACAGUCUGACCAGACCCCCAGAGACCAAGUCCCCUACCUCUAACUUCUGAAGUCAGGUCCUAGAAUUUGAACCCACCUCUAAAAUACUCUCUGCUCCCAACUCAGCCCCAGAGGUGUCGCUAGAAUUUCAGAUUCCAUUCCUGGGAUUCUAUAUUUAUUUACUCCUAGAAUCUAGACUGUUCUCUGAGUUCUACAUUCCACUCUCGAGACCCUGAACAACGCAGCCUGCAGGUCUGGCCCUGGGGUUCAGACCCUCUGCGUGGUCCCCUCGUCCUCCGGCGUCCCAUUCCUAACUGUGGGGUAGGGGUGUCCCCUCCUCUGGAGCUGGUCAGGCCCUGCGUGGACCAAGUAAAGAGAGCCAGGGUCUCUUUUCCCUGUGUCCGUGUGUCUUUCCUGCCUUCAAUCUGUCUCCAGGAGGUCCCAUCACGGCUCAGUGGAAACAAAUCUGACGAGCAUCCAUGAGGACGCAGGUUCCAUCCCUGGCCUUGCUCAGUGGGUGAAGGAUCUGGCGUUGCCAUGAGCUGUGGUGUAGGUCACAGACGCGGCUGGGAUCUGACAUUGCUGUGGCUGUGGUGUAGGCCGGCGGCUACACCCCGGAUUCCACACCUGGUCUGGGAACCCCCAUAUGACCCGGAUAUGGCCUUAAAAAAAAAAAAUCUGUCUCCAGGGCUAGGAAAGGGGAGGGACAGGAGUGGUCAAGAGAGGAAACCAAGACCAGAUUUCUGGGUUUCCUAGUGGCGUGUACUGCCUGCCGAGAGUCUGGGCACACCACAUCUAGAACCUCAAAUAAAUCAGAAAAUACAUUGACGGCCUAACAGGUUUAGGGCACUGCAACUGUCCAUAACAUGAUGAGAAAGACAAAGUACCAGCCCUUAGGGAGAUAGCAAUUUAGUUGGGGAGGGUGGGGGCUGAAUUCCUGGAUCUGAGAGAGCAGGGGGUUGGGGGCCUGGACUCCUAGGUGGGAGGAAGGAGGGGCUGGAUUCCCAGGCCCCGGAGGUGGAAGGGUGAUCCAGCUGGAGCCGGGCCCGCCCCACCCCUCACGCGCCCCGUUAUCUCUAGUGCUGGGCAGGGGAGGAGGGGGCAGCAAUAUAUUUAGUCUCUGUCCUCGCCCUUCUCCUCUGUGUCCUCUGUGAGGCUCGAGGAGAACAGACAAGACAGAAGUCCCAGGGGCCUUCAAGGUCACUCCGGACACUCCCUCACUGACCCUCCAAGAGUCCCCUGCCCGCUUCUCUGCCUCCUGGCGGGAGACAGCAUGGCAGACCGGUGAGUGAAAAUGGGUCGCCUGGACUCCUGAGACCGGAGGCAGCGGCGGGUCGGGGAGAUAUCUCCCUGGUUCCUAUGAGGCAGGACUCCCCGCCAGAGCAGGGAGGUAGGGACCGGACCCCUGGGUGUCGGAAUGAGGCUACGAGUUUGGGAAUCCGACCCCUAGGCACCGAGAAGGCGGAGCUGGUGGGUGGGACUCUGGGUCAGAGAGGUCUCUGGGCUCCCUUAGGACGAGGACUGACAGGACACAGACCACCAUUAACCCCCUUCCCUGGUUUCUCUCCCUCCAGGAGCGGCGAUGCGGUGAGAGCUGGAUUGGGCUGGACUCGCACGGCGGGGGAGGGCGCUGCGGGGAGGACUCUGGGGCUAGAGGCUGCGACCCUGCGGCGGGACCGCACAGAGAAGGGCUGUGUGGGUGGGUGGGGGUCCCUCCGGUGACCCAGCUCCGUUUCCCCAACCCCAGGCGGGGGACUCGCGCCCCGCGCCGGCCCCGGUGCGACGCCGGUCCUCCGCCAACUACCGCGCCUACGCCACCGAGCCGCACGCCAAGGUGAGAUCGGGGCCAGCGCGGUGGGCAGGGCUUGGGUAGGCUUCACAGAGCCCGGAUUCCAGCCUUAGUUUACCUGCACCUGGGGGAGGAGAGGCGGAGCCAGGGCCUAGACCUGAUCUUGGUCUUGGGCGGAGCCCAAGCGGAUGAAGGGCCUCAGGGGCGGAGUUUAGUAGGGAUCCUGGCUCUUUUCGGGGAGAGCUGCCUAUGGGUGGAGUCCCGUUGCCCUUGGGAAAAGCGAAUGCUUUAGGGACGGUGGGCGGUGCCUAUCCAGAGACAGAAGCUCGGAUUGGUGGAAGGAAACGAGGGGCGGGGCCUCCCUUAGAUGGAAGGCUGGAGUUGGAGGCGGGCCUAAAUCCGGACCUAGCUCGAGGGGGCGGGUCCACCUCUGGAUUCCCCUCCCUCAUCCUUUGUUGCUCCCUCUCACCCCGGCAGAAAAAGUCUAAGAUCUCCGCCUCGAGAAAACUGCAGCUGAAGACCCUGAUGCUGCAGAUUGCGAAGCAGGAGCUGGAACGGGAGGCAGAGGAGCGGCGCGGAGAGAAGGGGCGUGCUCUGAGCACGCGGUGCCAGCCUCUGGAGUUGGCCGGGCUGAGCUUCGCGGAGCUGCAGGACUUGUGCCGACAGCUCCAUGCCCGCGUGGACAAGGUGGAUGAGGAGAGAUACGACGUGGAGGCGAAAGUCACCAAGAACAUCACGGAGAUCGCUGAUCUGAACCAGAAGAUCUUUGACCUUCGGGGCAAGUUUAAGCGGCCCACCCUGCGGAGGGUGCGGAUCUCUGCCGAUGCCAUGAUGCAGGCACUGCUGGGGGCCAGGGCUAAGGAGACCUUAGACCUGCGGGCCCACCUCAAGCAGGUGAAGAAGGAGGACACGGAGAAGGAGAACCGGGAGGUGGGAGACUGGCGCAAGAACAUCGACGCGCUCAGUGGGAUGGAAGGUCGCAAGAAAAAGUUUGAGGGCUGAGCUGGCCUGACGGGCAGCCUGGCCCCAACCCUGAGGAAUAAAGCUUCUCUCUGAGCUGGGA